UCUUCUUGUAUUUCCAUGUUUACUUGAAUAAAGAGCUACCUAGGGCUUGCCAUGGCGCUCUCGGGGCUCUCGUCCGUAGCAUCCGGAGCGGCGCUGGUGGCGGCGUCGUCUACAUCAGGGCCUGGGAGAGAUUUCGUCUUGCAGCGGACGAGCGUGAGGAUUCCUACAUUUCUAGCAUGGCGGAGGGAUCGGAGACUGCUGCGGUGCGAUUCCGCCCGCGCCUUGUCGCCUGCGAGUAAGACUGGGGAGGAAUCCGCGACGAGGAGCGCGGUAGCGGCAUCAAAGCCACAAGACCCGCUCAGAUCGUUUCCGUGGGACGUGGCCGCCAAGAGAUUCGCCGCCAGGCUAUCCGACUUGGUGUGGACGGCGCUCAAGUGGCUCACCAUCCCUGUGCUGCUCGUCUCCUCCGCCAGCGAGCUCGCCUACACGCUCGUCCAUGGCAAGGCCCUCUUCGUGCCAGUCUCCAUGCUCCUCGGGAUUGCGCUCGCGGGGAUCAUGAACGAGGUUGCGAAAGAAGUGUCUCCAAGUCUCCGGAAGGGAUUUCCAUUCCACUUGGUGGUGAUCGGCGUUGGAUUUGGAUUGAUCAAGAUGCCCGGACCCUCGUAUCCUUUCUGGGGACGGAUAAUUCUUCCACACUUUGCGAAUGGCGGGCUGUGGCAGACUUGCUAUCUCAUCUGGCGUGGGCUGAGAUGAUCUUCCGAGUGUUGUACUACUCUCGAGAUAUUUGAGGAGGGCAUAUCCGGCAGGGAUCCUUGGAAUAUCCACUUGGUGCUUCUUUCAAAGUUA